AUAGCUCCUUCCAUCCUCUGGGUGACAUGAUACAGUUUAGCCAAGUAAUCACCCAGUUAACUCAGAGAUAUGUGAUGCUGCUGCCAUUGUGCUCUGUGUGUGUGCCAAGAUGUCACAUCAGGGAGGGAGUGUGGCUCGUCUGGUAAGUGGUGACACAUUUACAGCCCACUGCCUCCACACAUCACCCAUACUCUUUGUUUUUUCUUAUUUUAUAGUUUUAUAUUAUACAGUGCAUAUUUUCUUUAUUUGUAAGCCACAUUAGGGUAUUAUAAGGAUUUUUAUACAACAUUUACAGUUUCAUGACAUUGACAUAUGUAGCCAACUCAUCCCAGUUUUCCCCCUUCCCAGUGAGUCAAGUCAACACUAAACCAAAUUGUGACGUAACGUUUAGUAAGAAAGGGUGUAUAAAAAAAUUUUUCGCUAAAGCGAAUUAACGCUAACCAAUGGAUACCUGUAUAGAAUACAUACCCGGUACAUGUUUCUGAUACAAUAGCUACUUUUGAUAAAUUUAUCACUUUUUCUGCUCAUUAAAGGAGCGCUCACUUCUCCUCCGAAAUUGGUACAACUUAAUGGAACAACACAAAGAGGACCUGGCAUUAAUUGUGACUGCUGAGGCCGGUAAGCCAUUGUCUGAGUCUCGAGGAGAAAUUGGAUAUGGAAGUUCUUUUCUGGAAUGGUUUUCUGAAGAGGCCAAGAGAAUAUAUGGUGAGGUGGCACAGAGUCCUGCAUCUAGCAAAGAGUUAUUCUUUCUUCGUCAACCCAUAGGAGUUGCAUCAAUGAUUACUCCAUGGAAUUUCCCAAAUGCCAUGAUCACUCGUAAGGCUGGAGCUGCCUUGGCUGCUGGAUGUACGUGUGUUAUAAAGCCAGCUGAAGACACACCACUGUCUGCACUUGCUGCUGUAGAUCUGGCAGAAAAGGCAGGCUUUCCACCAGGUAGGUUCUUAUCUCAUAAAUAUAUGCACUGUACACUGAUUUCCCCAACAAGUGGUGACUGGAAUUGAAUAGGAGACAAGGAG